AUGGCGUUACUAUGCUGGUCAAUGAAGCUUUAUAUAGAUGAAUAUAUAGGACUUUUGGACGUUUAUUUGAAUGAAACUAUUGUAACCGUUGAUUGGGAAAGCUGGGGAGAUUGCAAUGGACUUUUGGUAAAUGUAAUGGGUUUUUACAACUAUGUGAGA